AUGAGCAACUCGUCACAAAAGCUUCAAGAAGGACUCGUCAGAGCACCGUCUCCAUCCAUACAUCUCCUCCAUCCAAGAAAUCUCCCGGAAUCGAGUGGUUGCAUGCACAUUGCUGCUGCAAAAGCUGGUGCUAAUACAACCAGUAGUGACAACAGUGUGGAUCUAGUUGACGCCUACAAGACAUGUGUACGAUAUGCCAUCUCCUAUCAUGCUCGAUAUCAGAUAGCCUCCAAUCGCCCAAACAGACCUGAUCCAGCCAAGAUCGAAUCUGCUGGCUUGAUCUCACCCACGCUAAAUAAUACUCAGUCAGGGGGUACUGGCGUCAAAAGAAAGAGGGAUGCGGAUAUUGAACGCGAUUUGGUCUCAAUCGAUAAGGUACUGCUCACUCAUGCUGUAGCUCGUGGUGCUGCUGUGGUCGAGUUUGGUCUCUACACCAGACACUUGUCGACCAUAUCAAUGGACUUUUCAAAUUGCACAGUGUACUGUCGUGCCUGUAACGAUUACGUUUAUGAUGCUGACUUUGAACGGACGCUUAAUGCUGAAAAGACUCGUUUGGACUUGUUGUUGACUCAAGUCAAGGAACCAACGGCCAAGAGAAUACGGUAUGGUGAAUGGACAGCGCCACCUCCAGAUCAAGUCGCCAAAAUACGUAAUUCUGCACAGCUACAACGAUGCUCUGGUAUCCGUGGAUUGAGGAAUCUAGGAUCGAGCUGCUACAUGAGUGUGAUUCUACAAGCUCUGAUACACAAUCCACUCUUACGAGCCCACUUUCUCUCGUCCAAACAUUCGCAAGCAACAUGUAGUCUUAGUCCUUGCAUUGCUUGUGAAAUGGAUCAUCUGUUUACAGAGUUCAACAAAGGCGACACACAAUGCUUUUCACCAGCCUCAUUCAUGUUGGCAACAUGGCAAACUGCAAAGUCAUUAGCUGGCAACAUGCAUCAGGACGCCCACGAAUUCUACAUUGCCACACUCAACCAAAUCCACUCCAACUGCUCUGGAACAGUAGAAACAUCGAUCGGAGAUACAUCAGAAUGUAAAUGUAUAGUCCACCAAGUGUUUUCAGGGCUUCUGCUAUCAGAAGUUACCUGUCAAACAUGUGGCAACGUGACUCAUAAACCCGACGAGUUCUUGGACUUGUCGCUAGACUUGAUUACUCCUCGUCAGAAAGCCAAGAAUAAGAAUACCCUUGGCUUGGAAGGGUUGGUUAAUCACCGGGCCAAGUAUGCCGGUACUCAAAUCAUGUCUCCGCCACCAUCUGCUCCCUCUUCUACGCCCUCAUCGACAUCCUCAUUGUUGGAAUCUGGUGGAUCAGAUGUUUGUACAUUGUCCGAAUGCCUUGAUAGGUAUACGAUGCCUGAAAAACUUGGUGCCACAGAGUAUCAUUGCAUAAAAUGCAGUACAUUCUCUGCAAAUGCUACUAAACAAUUGUCUUUGAAACGGCUUCCUCCAGUUCUCACAGUGCAGUUGAAGCGAUUUGAGCAGUCUCAAGCUCAAAGCGUCAAGAUUGAGACACCUGUACGUAUUCCUGCAGAGUUGGACAUGACUCCAUACUCUACUCGAGCAGUGAAGGCCAAUGAAGCAUUUCGUAAAGCCAGUAAUCUGCCUUCUCCAAAUGGCACACCUACUCCUAAAAUCUUGUUGAAAGAAUCGGUUCCUGCUUUCCGUUAUGUAUUAUUUGCAGUCGUUAAUCACGAAGGCAAACUGGAAACUGGACAUUAUACCUCAUACAAUAAGAUUCGUGGAAUGUGGUUCAAGUUUGAUGAUGCGAAUGUGACAUCAGCUACUCAAAAGGAAGUGUUGGAGAGCAAAGCAUACAUGUGUUUUUAUAUACGUCAAAGCUAUGAAUUCAGUCCUACAUCGGCUGUAGAGAUCCCAUCAAGGACUUCACCACCAACAAACAAUCGACUACAAUCGUUUUCCUCAUUGCAUCAACCGUCUCCUCCUCCACCUUUGGUUUACUCGGACCCUAGUACUGAACGGGGAGGUGUGAGUCUAUAG